AGAUAGUUUACAAUGUCAUUUUAUGGUAAACAAACGAACAGGGAAAAAAUAUGAAGCGACAAGUUGGCAAUGGAAUGUGUGACGCACGCGAAUUGUCGCUAAUUAAUCACUAAUCAUAAUAAAAGAAGAGGAAGAAGCAGAAGAAAAAGAGGAAGAGAGGUAAGGAGGUUUUUGUGCCAAGCGCAGCGUUUCAUUCAUCGUAUGUAUACGUCUCGAUAUUAAAAAUAUUUCGCGUCGCGUUAAAGAAAUACAGAGUAGAGCUUGAAGCAGCAGUAGCAGCAAAUGAUGCAGCAGCCGAGCCGCGUCCGGGCAUCCUCUAUGCCACAUGAACCGACUCGCGCAUCCAUCGUACACCUACACAAGAAGAAGCUGACCGAGCAGGAGAUACAAGAAUUGCAUCAGGAAUUGGAGACUGUCGACCAUGUAAUUGCUCUGGAAAGUUUGUACGAGAGGCUAGGUACAAACGCGAAAACAGGCCUGACAAACGAGCAGGCGCGCAAAAUCAUGCAACGAGAUGGACCGAACGCCUUGACACCGCCCAGGCUCACGCCAGAAUACAUCAAGUUCCUAAAGUGCAUGUUCCACGGAUUCGCCUCGUUGCUCUGGGUCUGUGCGAUUCUAUGCUUUGUUCUAUACGGCGUUACUCUUUUGAUGCACGAGGAAGAUAUCGGCAUCGCAUGGCUAGGCAUAAUCAUCGUUACGAUAUGCAUCACUUCGGGGGUAUUUGCGUACAUACAAGAGAGCAAGAAUAUCAAAGUGAUGGAGUCCUUCAAGAAAAUGGUGCCGACCUUCGCCACCGUGAUCCGCGACGGUGUGAAACUGCGGAUGAGCACGGAGGAGUUGGUUUUGGGCGACCUGGUGGAAAUACGUAUGGGCGAUAAGAUACCGGCUGACAUUAGGAUAAUCGAGUGCCGCGGGCUCAGAGUUGAGAACUCUAGCAUCACUGGCGAGAGCGAGCCGGUGGCCCGCACAAAUUAUCCCACCGACAGAAAUCCCCUCGAGUCUGCCAACGUGGCCUUUUCCACGUCAUUCGCUGUCGCGGGUGACGGCCGAGGGAUCGUGAUCGCUACGGGUGACCACACUAUGAUAGGCCGGCUGGCCGGUCUCACGUCACAUCUCGCCAAGAUUGAAACGCCAAUCGCCAAGGAGAUUCGACAUUUCGUCGAGAUAAUCACAAUCGUGGCCGUAAUCUGCGGCCUGGCAUUUUUCGGUCUGUCGCUGCUGCUCGAACCUAAUAUCGUACGAGCGUUCACUUACCUACUCGGUAUUGUUAUCGCCAAUGUGCCCGAAGUGUUACUAGUGACCGUGACGACAGUCUUGACGCUGACCGCUCAGAAAAUGGCGAGCAAAAAUUGUCUGGUCAAGAAUCUCGAGGCAGUCGAGACUCUAGGCUCGACAUCGGCGAUUUGCUCCGACAAAACAGGCACUCUCACGCAAAACAAGAUGUCCGUGUCCAACUUAUGGUUCGGCCAUACCAGGUACAACUUUCCGCCAGGCCAGAGAAUCGGCGUCGAGAGGGAUCUGCUGCUGGAGAAGCCGGCUUUCGGCGCGAUGCUACGAGCCGCCACUCUCUGUCUGCGCGCCGAAUUCACCGCCGAGUCCUUCAUGCUAGCGCCGAUCGAGGAGCGCGAAAUCAUUGGCGACGCAUCUGAGACCGGUAUCCUCAAGUUCUGCGAGCACAUCCAUCCGACGCAGAGAUAUCGCGUCGAGGCUCAUCCGAAAGUCGCCGAGAUCCCCUUCAGCUCUACAACCAAGUAUCAGAUGUCGAUACAUCGGGAUCAUGCCUAUGGCUACACGAUGAUAUUGAAGGGUGCACCAGAGGUGAUCCUGGAAAAUUGCACGACGAUACUGACGGCGGACGGGGAAACGAGAGAGAUGACCGCCCAUGACCACGCGAUAUCUCGCCGUGCCUGCACCGAGCUGGGUUACCUCGGCGAGCGCGUCCUAGCGUACUGCGAUCUGCAUUUGCCCGCCCGUACGUACGGGCCAGAUUACAAGUUCGAUACCGAUUCACCCGCGUCCUACAAUUUUCCGGUCAAGGGAUACAGAUUCGUCGGGCUGAUAAGCCUGCAGGAUCCCCCGAGGCCCGGCGUGCCCGAGGCAGUACACAAGUGUCGUACCGCGGGUAUAAAGGUGAUCAUGGUGACGGGUGAUCAUCCGGUGACGGCGAUGGCGGUCGCCAAGAAGGUGGGCAUCAUAAGCGAGGGUCACGAGAUUCAUUACGAACGAUCGAUCCUACAGAGCAGGUCUUACUCGCAAACGAGCGCCCUCGACCCCGCCGUAGUCGACGUAGCCGGCGCGAUUGUAAUCACCGGCGCCGAAUUGAGAAGCAUGGAUGCGAACGAGCUAGACAAAAUUAUACGCCGUUACGAGGAGAUUGUGUUCGCGAGGACGUCACCGCAACAAAAGUUGCUAAUCGUCGAGAGCUGCCAACGGCUGGGAGAGAUCGUCGCGGUCACCGGCGAUGGUGUCAAUGAUUCGCCGGCAUUGCGGCAGGCUGACAUUGGAGUAGCGAUGGGGAUCGCCGGCUCCGACGUUGCGAAGAAUGCCGCCGACAUGAUUCUCAUGGAUGACAACUUCGCGUCGAUCGUCACCGGCGUCGAGGAGGGCCGCCUGAUAUUCGACAAUUUGAAAAAGUCGAUCGCGUACACGUUAACCUCGAGCGUGCCGGAGAUGUUGCCGAUGUUGAGCGGCCUGUUGUUCGCGAUUCCCCUACCAUUGGUCAUCGAAUUGGUUAUCUGCAUUGACGUCGGCACCGACGUCAUCCCGGCGAUCGCUCUCGCCUACGAGAGGCCCGAGUCCGACAUAAUGCGCCGGGCGCCGAGAAAUCCUCAGUACGACAAGCUCGUCAACAAGCGUCUGAUAUCCAUCACCUACGGCCAGAUAGGAAUGACACAGUCAUUGGCUGGAUUCUACACUUACUUCAUGAUACUUAUGAUGAAUGGUUUUAUGCCCGAUCGUCUAUUGGGUUUACGAAUAGAAUGGGAGAACCCAUCCAUCAAUGAUUUACAAGAUUCCUGGGGCCAAACGUGGACCUACGAAAACAGAAUGAAUCUCUUGAUGGAAGCGCAAAGCGGAUAUUUCCUUUCCAUCGUUAUAACGCAAAUGAUAGAUCUGGUCAUGUGCAAGACCAGGCGCAAUUCCAUCUUUCAACAAGGAAUGACCAACUGGCACGGAAUACGUAUUGCAUACUAUGCCAUUGAUGGCUUACUGGUACUGGCCUUGCUUGCCGCUCGGCGCCUUUCUUUGGAUCUACGACGAAUUGAGACGUUUGUGCAUUCGUCUCUUUCCAGGUGGCAUUAUGGAAAGAGAAACGUACUAUUGAAACAAACUUUCCUUUCCUUUCCUUUCUUACGAGCCUAUACAUAUGUAUAUACUACCCCGAUGUGAUUACGCCAAGUUAACGCAAUCUACCAAGUAACUUACAUAUUCGUAACGAUGCGUUAUGCACAUACGGUCAUCUGUCUGUACGUGUCUCAUGUUUGAGAAAUAAGUUGCUACAAUCAUUUACUGAGAGAGAUUACUGUUAUUACCCCCAAUUUAUUUAUUAUCGGUUGGAAAAGUAUAAUCGCUAUCGCAAUAGAAUUUAAUUUUUUUUCAACUGCGAGAACUGCCCCCGUUUCCCUCUUUUCCUCUUUAUUUCUUUUAUCGAUAAUAAAAAUCUG